AUGGGCUGCGCUCCCUCAAAGCUCGACGACCUCCCGGCCGUCGCUCUCUGCCGUGACCGGAACAAGUUCCUCGACCAAGCUCUCCGGCAAGCCCAAGCCCUCGCCGAUGCACACGUGGCGUACUCGGAGUGCCUAAGAACACUCGGUCCCUCCCUCGCUCGUUUCUUCGAUAUCGGACUACUUGAACAACAAGAGCCUUGUAAUUCUCGCACCACCUCCCCUUCCGGUUCCAAUUCGGGUUCGGGUUCGGGUCACAUUCAAUUCUCUUCUGACUCCGAAGAAUCCGAAGACAGCGCCGAGAAAGACUCGGACGAGUCCCGUGUUCACCGCUACGGCGAUUUGAGCUCGACCGGCGUCGUUUUGACCUCUCACUUGGCCAAAACCCCUCCGCCGCCGCCGUCUCCGAUCAGCUCGACCUGGGAUUUCCUGAACCUCUUCGAUGACGUGUACGAGAAAUACGAGUCGGUUUAUGGCUUCGAUCCGCAGCCUGUUGUUGCUGAUCGCGAUGAGAAAAUUGGACAUAAGAUCGAUGAAGGGGUGACCAAGACUAAUGUGGAAAAUGUUGAAGAGGAAGAACAGAAGAGUGAGCGGACGGAGAAGACGAGCACUCCUCCGAGAGAUGAAGUCAAAAACGGCGUCGUCGAGGCGAUGACGGAGCUUCAGGUUCAGUUUGAGAAAGCUUCCGAGUGUGGCAAUGAGGUUCUGAAGCUGCUGUCUCAUAAUCAUAAUCACAAGAUUAAUUCGGUUCAUCCAGAGUGUGGAUUUGAUCAGUUACAUUCGGCGAUGAGCUCCCAGAGCCUAGCAUACACUCUGAAAACUCUCUUAUUGUGGGAGAAGAAACUUUAUGAUGAAGUCAAGGCUGAGGAAUUAUUGCGUUUGACGCAUGAGAAGAAGACUAGGAUGCUGAAACAGUUGGAUAAGAAGGGUGGCGACUCCCCCAAAGUCGACUCUAUCCACAGUUCACUUAACAAUAUAUUAGCAAAAAUGAAAGUUGCAAUUCAGAUUGUUGAUAGAAUAUCAAUUACCAUCAAUAAGUUGAGGGACGAAGAGUUGUGGCCGCAUAUUAUUGAGCUGAUUCAUAGGUUACUAGGCAUGUGGAAGGAUAUGCUCGAAUGCCACAAGCUCCAGAACCAAGCAAUUGGGGAAGCCAAAGGCUUAGAUGUCAUUGCAUCCAAAAUUAAGCACUCUAAUGAUGACCAUAUUGAGGCUGUAAUUGAACUCAAGAUAGAGCUUCUAAACUGGAAUCUAUGCUUUUCCAAUUGGAUCAUCACUCAAAAAUGCUGUGUAAAAGCACUAAACGGUUGGCUUCUGAGAUGUCUUCUAUAUGAACCUGAAGAAACAGAAGACGGUACAGUACCCUUUUCUCCUGGUAGAAUGGGAGCACCACCAGUUUUUGUGAUAUGUAAUCAGUGGUCCCGAACUAUGGAUCAACUCUCAGAGAAAGAAGUGACUGAAGCCAUCCAGGGAUUCCAAGCUAGUAUAGAUCUUCUUUUGGAGCAGCAGAAUGUAGAACUGCAGCAAAGGGUAAUUGAAAACAAAGAUCUCGGGAGGAAAGUAAAACUUUUGGAGGAGCAGCAGCAAAAGAUGCAAAAGGUCAUGCAAGCUGGAAGAGGAAAAAUAUUUGGUCUACUGGGAGAAGUGGAUAGAGUUGUUUUACCUGGAGAGAGACUGCAAGUGCCGAGUGAGGAUCAUAAUAGUUCUAGAAAUGUGGAAUGGGAUCUGAAGGAGACACUAAAAGCAAUGGAGAAGUUCACCGCAAAUUCCAUGGAAGCAUACGAAGAGCUUCAUGCACACAUUGUAGAAUUCCAGCAUGCUGCUAGUUGA